AUCAAAUCAGCAAGUACAUCUUUCAUAACGAAAAGAUUCCCGCUAUUCCUCUGCUUCCCUUCUUUCCAUUUCAUCCUUCAAGCUUGGAGCUUGAAAUUCUCGUCGACCUUGAUGGGUCCUGCUGAAGAUCGGUCCGAAAUUGUCUUCUUCGACGUCGAAACCACCGUCCCAACCCGAUCUGGGCAGGGUUUUGCCAUUCUGGAGUUUGGCGCCAUCUUGGUUUGCCCCAAGAAGUUAACAGAGCUCAGCUCUUACUCCACCUUGGUCCGACCCGCCGACCCUUCACUUAUCUCCCCCUUGUCCGAACGCUGCAACGGCAUAACUCGUGAUGCUGUUGCCUCAGCGCCUACUUUCGCUGACAUCGCCGAUGAUGUUUACGAGCUUCUUCAUGAACGGAUUUGGGCCGGCCAUAACAUCUUAAGAUUUGACUGUGUUCGCGUCAGAGAUUCAUUUACUGAGAUUAAUCGGCCACCACCGGAACCCAAGGGUACCAUUGAUUCGUUGGUUUUGUUGACUCACCAGUUUGGAAGAAGAGCUGGUGACAUGAAGAUGGCAAGUCUUGCAACGUAUUUUGGGCUUGGACGACAGACCCAUAGGAGCUUAGAUGAUGUUCGCAUGAAUCUGGAAGUUCUCAAACACUGUGCAGCUGUUAGGUUCUUGGAAUCAGUUCGUCCAGACAUUUUUCCAGUGGAUAGGUGGGUUUCUCCAAAUGCUACUACAAGAAGUCGUAGCAAUGGAAAAUCUUUACCAGAUAGGGCCUCAUCAGAUAUGAAAGUGAAAUCCAUGUUAUUAUCACCUGUCGAGAAUCAAUGCAAAGAGGGAAAUGAUCCAUCUUCUCCUAUUGCAAUCAGCAGCUCAGGAAGCUCUGAAUCAAAUACAGGAGAUGCUAAUGUAGUUCAAGAGCGUCGAUUUGACUUGAGUCAGCUUCGUGAUGAAUUAAACAGGGAAUCGAUUCAACCAUCUGUCAUGGUGGAUGAAAAGCCCAUUCCAGAGACAUCCCAGAUGUCUGAGGCAUGUAGCAGCGCUGUUGCUGCUUUGAAUCCUGAUGAAAUAUCCAUCUCUUGUCUCACAGCAUCUCCUGUUCCAUUUUAUCGUGGCAGUCAAAGGAUACAACUAUUGCACAAAGGUUCCCCCUUUCAGCUUUGCUGUACUGAUCUGAAAAUACGGUUUGGAGUAAACGGCAAGUUUCAGGAUCAUGCAGGCCGACCAAAAUUGAGUUUUGUGGUUGAUCUUGCUCCAUCACAACGUCUAUGUGAGGUUCUUGAAGCUUGUGACGGUAUUGUACACAAGUCAUCUUUGGAAUCCGGUAGCAGCUCUGACUGGAGACCAGUUGUUGCAAGAAAAGAUGGCUUCUUCAAUUAUCCCACUAUGCGAUUGCAGAUACCUACAGCAGUAUAUGGGAACGUUGCCAUAUAUGCAGCUGAAAUAUACCAGAAAGAAUCAUCAGGCACUGUUCAAAGGCUGCUCUUCAGUAAGUUGGAUGCGGAGGAGCUCGGUUCCUUGUUCAAAGCUGGGGCAUUUGUUGAUGCGGUCUUCUCCUUAGAAACAUAUGACUAUUAUCAGAACGCAGGGAUUAGAUUGAUUGCUAAAAAAUUGGUCAUUAAUUGCAAGUAGAAGGAAUAAGUGGUGACUAGGUGACACAUGUCAAAUUAGCAGACAAAUAAUAAAUUAUUAUCAAAUUCAUAUAGUUAGGAUUGAUAGAAUGAAUAUUGGUUAAGUUGUAAAGUUGAUUCCAUUGUGAGCUUCAAUUUAUUUGAAAAUUUUCAAGUAUUCUGCUAACACGGGCUCUCUCUUGUGGGGAGGCGCUAUUUGUGAAUUA